CAAUAUUGCAUUGGUUGGUUGGCUGUGUUUUACAGGGUUGUGUAUGGGGAAUGUAAACAAUUAUUCCAGAGAAAUACGCGUGUAUAAAGAUCGAAAUCUUAUUUUAUCGACUUCAAAGAAUAUUUUAGAAACAGGCUUCAGUCACGAUGAUUGUUUCAACUGUCUUUCAAUCAAGAACAUUUUCAAACGUCAAGAAUCGAAGAGUGCAUGGCUUCAGCGACCGUCAGCAAAAGUGCAAAACGGACGUGAAAUAUAUCACCCCAUACUGUGAAAUAACCUCAAUUGUGCGUCAUAAUGGUUUAAGCUUACAUCUGGAACGAGGUUUUACAAAAACAAAACACAUUUUACUAGUAUACGUUAGAUCAACGGUCGACUGCAUUGAGGUACAUUUAAAAGUCAAAGGAUGGAUUACACAAUUCGUAUUGUGGUUAUUAUCGCAUUGGUCAAUUCGUUAUGGUGUGCGUGUGUUAGUAACGCAUUUAAUCCACGCGGAAAUUCUUGUCCCGACCCUGGAACACCAGACAACGGAAGACGAGGAGAGAAAAUAACCGUGUUUCAUACUGGCCAAACAGUCAGCUAUUUCUGCCAUUCUACUUAUCAAUUGGUCGGACCACAGAUUAGAUUGUGCCAGGCUAACGGAUCUUGGACUGGUUAUAAACCUUCCUGUGAAAAAUACAUGUGCGAUAAUCUGGACGCUCUUCCUCCAAUGCAUGGUAAGAGAAUCGGUAAAAAUUUCACAAUUGGAAACAAAUUGGAAUUCAAAUGUUACUCGCAUUAUAAGCUGAUUGGUGAAAAUGUAAUUACGUGUCUUCCUGAUGGCAAAUGGUCAGCAAGACCACCGAAAUGCGAACAUCUUUGUGAUCCUAAUCAAAUGUCUUGUGAUGAAGGCAUGAUAUGUAAAAUGCGAAAUCUUAGGCCAACAUGCGUAUGUCGUUCUAACAUGGAAUGUUCAUCAAGAUGGGACCCUGUAUGUGGAAAUGAUGGAAUAUCUUAUAACAACAAAUGCAUUAUGAAUGCCACUGCUUGUAGACUUCGAAAGGAUAUAAGAAUUGUCCAUGAUGAUAGAUGCCUUCCAGGGGACAGAUGUAGUAUUUUUCCAACCAGCAACUGUCGAGCUGCGUUUAAUGUAUUUUUCUACAACGUUACUGCUCGGUCAUGUCAACGUGUCAUUGUUGGUGGAUGUCAUCCUAGUGGAUGGAAUGGAUUCUUUUAUAAGAAUGACUGCAAAAACUUCUGUGAGAGAGAUGUUUGUGCCCUCAAUCCAGAAAAAGGAGCAUGUAAUAGUAUGACAACAAGAUGGUAUUAUGAUCUUCGUCUAAAAAAAUGUAAAACGUUCAAGUAUGGAGGAUGUUUUGGUAAUCCGAAUAACUUCCGCACGAUGGAUGAUUGUAUGAUGAGGUGUGGUGUUUAAAUUAAGAUGAGAAGAAAUUACCUAUUAUCAUGAUGGAAACAAACAACAGGCGGUCGCUAUUUGAAUAAUCAGAAUCGGAGCACUUGGGCGAUUAUUAUUAUUGUAUUUUUUACAUAUAUUGUGUUGCAUUAAUAAAAUUUAUCAGUUUAUGUUUA